AUGGAUGUGAAUACAAAGAAUGAAAUAAAUUAUGAUAAAAUAGAAGAGACAAGUCAUAUUAUUAAUAAUUUAAGUUCUGAUAAAAAUGUAACUGAGGAAGAGUUUCAAAAUUUCAUGCAUCGUGUUACCGAAGUAGAAAAAAUAGUUAAGAAGUUAGCAUCUUCUGAUCCAAAGGAGCAAGAAUAUGGAAAAAUGUUAGCCGAUGAAAUUUUAGAAAAAAAUAUUCAAAAGGAAAUUUAUGAAGAUGGAGAGAUAAAAAUUAAAACUAACCGAUCAAUAAUUAAUAAACAUUCUUCAAAAGAAGAUAAUUCCUCCAAUGAUUCAAACAAAAUGUCGCGAGAAACGUUUAUAAAGAGCAUAGAAGAUGACGCUAAAAAACGGACUGAAGAUCGCAAAAUUAGAAAUGAACGAGCAGAAACAUUAAAGAGAAUUGCAAACGGUGCAUUCAAAGAAGGGGAUUACGAAAAGGCUGUGACUUAUUUUAGUAAAGCUUUAGAACAACGUAAAGAUUCGUCUGUACUGUGGAAUAAUCGCGCGUUAUCGUAUAUACGUCUCGGAUUAUUCGAAAAAGCCUUGCACGAUUGCGAAUGGGCGUUAAAAGUGAAUAAUUCAAAUUUAAAAGCUCUUUUGAAUAGUGCUAAGUGUUAUAUAAAUCUUGGAAACAAGGAGAAGAGUAAAGAAUACAUACAGAUAGCCAAAGAAAGGAAUCCUCAUUUCAACAAAUUUAUUAAUGAAUUUGAAGAAAAUUUAGAGAUCAUAUACUUUCUUUGUAAUUGCCUAAAUAUUAAGUAA